CCCCACAUCAUCGGCGCGCAGGCCAUCUUCGCGCUGCAGCAGUUCGCCAAGGUGCGGGCCCAGACCUGGGAGCAGCACCCCAUGCGGCAGCGCUCCAAGCGGUUCUACGAGCGCCUGAGCGCGAAGUUCUCAGGCUCAGGGGGCUACCUGCACCGCAUCUGCCACUGGAAGCAGGCGUGGAAGGAGCCCAUCUCGUCGGCCAAGAAGUUGAAGCUGCCAGCGGACCCGCAGCUCGCGGUCAAUCAGGAGGCGCAGGAGUGGGCCAGCAUUUGGCGCGCUGGGGCAGGUGACUACACCAAGCUGUGGCAGGACACCCAGGUCCAGACCCAACGGCUGGCCCAUGCGCAGCAGCUGCCCAUCAUCGACGCGAUGCAGGUGCGCACCAUAUGCCGCAGCUACAAAUGGAAGACUGGGCUCGGGCUCGACGGCUGGCACUUUGGGCACCUGGCCUGGCUCAGUGAUGAGGCUUUGACCAGCCUCGGGGACAUCCUCAUGCUGUGCGAGCGGCUCUGCUCGUGGCCCACGGCCAUGCGCAUGCUCAUCCUUUUCCUGGUCGCCAAGGAGGACGGCGGCGGCAGGCCCAUCACCCUUUUUCCCACGCCAGUGCGCAUCUGGGAGGCUGUUCGUGAUCCCUUGAUUCGGCAGCGGGAGCGGGCCCACGCGAGGCCCUACGACUGGGCAUCACCAGGGCGCAGCAGUGAGCAUGCUGUUUGGAGAGCGAUGUUGGAUGACGAGGCCUUGGACGGUACCAGUUUCGCGCCCCUCACCGCCUCGAUGGAUCUGGAGAAGGCUUAUGAAUAUGUAGCGCUCAACUUGAUUUGGAUUCUCGGCAUGGCACAGCAAGCACCCAUGAGUGUAUUGGCCCUCUCUCUGGAGUCGUACGCCUUCCCUCGGGCGGUCCGAAAGGGUCAGGCUGUCGCCGACGCCAUCUGUACCUACGUGGGGCUGCCCGCUGGGUCGAAGUAUGCCAAUCGCUUCCUGAAGAUUGUGCUGUAUCCGAUCCUGGACGUCGUGGCCCGAUGGCCAGGGGCCAAGCUGGAGAUCACUAAGUUUGUGGACGACUUAGCCCUGCGGAUGGUGGGCAGGAGCGCACAGCUGAAGUUGAUCUUCCCUGACCUGGCCCGCACCCUCAUCCGCCUUUUGGAGUCGCUGCUGCAGCUCAAGGUCUCGAAGGGUGAGGGAGGCAAGUCCAGGUUCGUCUCCAGCGACGGCUCCUUGGCACAGGAGCUGGCACAGCCCAUGGCGGACAUCGGCCUGCAGCACGGUGAGAGCGAGCGCUGGUUGGGCGUGGACUACCAACCCCAGGGCCCUCGGAAGAAGGACACCAGAGCCAGACGGGCCAAGACUGCCCGAGGCCGCUGGCACAAGGCGGCUGCCCUCAAGCGCCGAGGGGCGCGGGUGCGCCCUGUGGCCCAGCAAGGCCUCAAAGCGUCAGUGGCGUAUGGGGCGACCUGCGCUGGCACUCCUCCUGCCGUCCUCAAGUUCGUCAUGGCCAAGACAGCUGCCGUGCGCGCGGGGGCUGGGACUUUUCGCUCGGGCACGCUGGGCUGGGCGAUCGCGCCGAGGACGGACGGCGCCGAGCAGCUCAGGUCCGCCCCUCUUCGGGCAUGGCUGCGCGAGGCCUGGGACCAGCCCGAGAGACGGAAGGAGAUGGCCCACGCGUGGGGCCGUCAGUGGCCCAAGGUGCAGCGCGCCCACACCUAUGGCCCCGCCAAGUUCGACGCCUGGAAGAUGGUGCGGGGGCCAGCGGCUGCCACCAUUCUGGCGGUGCACGAGCUGGGAUGGCACAUGGAGGACGCCUGGGCCAUCCUCGACGGCGCCCACGGCAAGUGGGACAUCCGCGAGGUCGCCCCCCUCGAGAUCAUGCGAUCUGCAGAGAGGGCGGUCGCAAAGAAGAAGCUCAUGGACUGGGCGCUAGCUGAUGAGGAGCGCCAGCCGCUCCGACCCACCCCCUUCUUGCUGCCAGUCAAGCAGCUCAUGCGCUCCAAGACCACGGAGACCUGGACGAGGCACCACAUCAACAGUGCCAGGACGCGCGGCCAGGUCACGAGCCCUCUGUGCCCGUUGUGCGGCAAGAAGAAGGGCACUUUGUUGCAUGUGCAUUUUCUUUGUGAUGCCGAUGUUUGCGUCACGAUUCGUGGUGGGCUCACGGAGCCGACUCUCAAGAACAGUUUUCGGGACGUGGUGCAUUUGGGCGAGACGGCCGCCACGAAGGAGGAGCAGGGCUGCAGAGGCGGCGACACGCUUUUCUGGAAAUGUGCUCGCGGCCUGAUCGCGGACCCCGUGGUCGACUACCAGGUGCCCCCGCCGCCCGACGAGUACCAGUGGGGCGAUCCCGACGGCGAGAUG